UUUAAGUUGCCAUAACAGCAGAGUAAGGGGAAGUGCCUCUAACUGACGAGAUGGUGAGUGACUUACCGUGAUUUUGAUGCAGGCAGGUAGGUCAGUUGAGAGCAUAUUCUCGUUCGCAAUGAAGUCGUGGAGACGGACACCCGUUUGGGCAGCAGGCCGUCUGCUGCAGUGAUGUCAGUGGAGGACCCCACUCAGGGAUACAACAGAGCCAUACCAGGCAUGGCGCAGUCUUCCAGUGACUCAGACACGUACCUCAGGAGCUCCGCUAACCGCCAGGCGCGUGCGAGGGCCACACGUUCAAACAGCCAGAGAAGAAACCGAGUCCAGGGAGAUGCAGACAUUUCUGAGAAAAUUGACACCUUGGCCUCCACUCUGCAGGAUACAAGUCGAAAUCUUCAUAAUGUUGAUCGGAUGUUGGGACAAUACAGAGAGCACACAGAGGACCAAGCUGAGGCUAUGGCAACACUCAGAGAAAAUUUGGAAGAGUCUAUUAAUCAACUGAGAAGCCAGCGCCUGCGAAGAAACUCGGGAGCCAGGAGUGCCUCCCUUUCCACUCUACAUACAAGUGACUUAGACGGUGGCUCAGCCUCUGAAGGUCACCAUUACUGUCCUACCUCACCCCUGCGGGAUUAUGGGAUGUCUGGAGGGGCUGAAAGGAGGAGGUCAAGGUCUGCAACUGUGAGAUUCAUGGAUGAGACUGAUCCGUCUGGGAAUAUACACACCAUGCACCAGUCGCUCAGGGAUCUCAGGAGCGAGCAGCUGCGACUCGGAGAUGAUAUUGAAAGAGAAAUUGUCAGGCGUAACAGGUCUGAACUUGAAACUAAGAAAACUUUGGAAAGUUUAGCAGACCAUGUUAAAAUAUCACAGAGAGAAGAAACGGUGUCGGAGCGCGUGGAGCGGCGGCUGCAGGAGAUCGAGAAGGAGAUGCGCGCCGGGCGGCAGCAGGCGGAGAGGCGCCCGGAGCAGCGUGGCAGUGUGUCCCUGCAGCUGCAGGAGGCUUUGAGGAAACGUGAAGAAAAAGCCACUGGCACUGAGGACGUCACCAAGAGCAAACUGCUGAGAUCUGAGUGUGAGAAAAACAAGAUCGAGCAAGAGUUGGAGCGAACCCGAAGACAACUGGAACAGUCUGAAGGAAGUCGGGACACCCUUCUUCAACAGAUAGAUGACCUGCGGACACAGCUGCUGACAAUGGAGCAGGAUCGCCUGGACUUGCGGCAGCAGUUCUCUCAGGUCGCUUCAAGGCAGAGAAGCCGUCGCGAGGAAGAGGAAGAGGACAGGAAUCUGAGGAUGGUGACUGAACGCUCAGAGCGAGAGAAGCAGGAGCUGGAGAAACAGAUCCAGGACCUCAGGCUGCAGCUCACCCAAAAUGCGGUCAUGGCUGAGGUAGAUGAGCUGAAAAGAGUAAUUGAGCGCAAAGAUAGGGAGAAAUCGCAACUUUCUGUACACGUAGAGGCGUUGUCGUCAGACCUGGGCAAGAGGGAGAAGCAGCAGCUGAGGAUGCUGGAGCAGCUGAAGGAGAUCCAGAAUCGCUACGAGGAGUGCGAGGCAGACCGCAGCCGCAUGGCUCUCCAGGUUCAGGAGCUGGUGGGCCAGCUGAAGGAGUCUGGAAAGCAGGCAGACGCGUACCUCAGGCAGGCGAAGCAGGUGGAGAUGCUGAAGGAUGAAAUGGAGAGAAAGAAGGAAGACCUGAAAGCCAGAGCACAGGUGUCCAUCAGGCAGUGGAAACUGAAGUGUAAGAAACUAGAACAGCACCUGGAGAAUGAGAGAAGAGCUGCUGGGCUUGAGGCAGAGAAGAGCGGGCAGAUGCUCAAAGACAAGGAAAGCAUUCAGGGGCAAUUCCAGACAGCCAGCCAACAACUGGAUAACCUCCGGAAAGAGCUUGGAGACGUCCUGUCCAGACUGGCCCAGAAAGAGGAAGAGCUUCGUCGGAAAGACGUGGAGUUCAGCGAGACCCAGUCCCAGCAGAUGGACCUGGAGCGCGAGAUUCGGGAGGCGCGGGAAGUCGCCCGCCAGCUAGAGAGCGAGGUGGAGAAGCAGAACCUGCUGCAAAUGCAAGUCAAGGAGGAGAACCAGAACCUGGAGAGGGAGCUUGAUGCUUUGCGCAGAAAGAGGGAGCGAGACCAGGAGAAAAUGCUGGACUUGCAAGGGGCAGUAAAAGAGCUGAGUGCCAUUCGGGCCGACCUGACCAACAGGCUGGCUGAGGAGGAAAGGGCCCGGAAGGAGCUGAAGAGAAAUCUGAGCGAGCUGCAGGCCCAGCAGGACCGUGCCCGGGAAGAGCUGGCCUCUGCGGGCCAGCAGCUGAAGCUGGAGAGGGACGUGCAUCAGUGCGAGCUGGCGGGGCUUCGGGCAGAGAUGCAGGACCUGAAAGCAAAACAUGAAACGCGCAGCCAGGAGGCCAUUCAACUUUUCAGGAAAGAGAGGGAAGAGCUGGAAAGUCGCAUCCGAAAUUUGCAGGCAGAUAAAGCAGUGGACAAAAGCUUGGUUAAAGCACACCGCCAGCAGCUGGAGAAGAUGAAGAUCGAAUGUGACAAACUGACAGAGGAGUUAACCCAGAGCGAGGAGGUAUACGCCACGCUCAGGAGGAAGUACCAGCUGCUGAAACAGGAACUGGAAGAAAAGAGCAAAUUGGUCACCAGUGGAGAUGACCGAGUAAGAAGAAUGGAUGAAACAAUUCUGGAGCUCCGAGAGCAGAUUAACUGUCUGGAAACAGAACAGGAAUCCAUACUUCAGACCAUAGGAAUAGAGAUUGACUCUGCAUGCAAAGGUUUCUCCAGGGACUCCGAUGAAAAAUUCAAAGCAAUAUCCCUUACACCUGGCCUGCAGAAGGACCCUCAUCGCUGGUUAGCUGAAAUGAAGACGAAGCUGCGCUGGCUGUGCGAGGAGCUGAAGGAGCGCGAGGGCCAGGCGGGGAAGCUGCGGCGCCACCUGCAGCAGGGCCGGGAGCAGCUCAAGGGCCUGCGGCGGGACAGGGCGUCGGAGCAGCAGCUCCUGGUCGCGCAGAUCGCAAAGCAGGAGCAGCUGCUGGAGGAGAUCCACAGAGACAGGAGAGAUUUGCUGGAGAAGACGCGCAGGAAGGACGAAGAGAUGCGAAUUCUGCACGACAGAAUAUUGGAUCUGGAAAUGAGUACCAGGUUAGCCUUGGACCAUUUGGAAUCUGUUCCUGAGAAAUUAAGUCUACUAGAAGACUUCAAGGAUCUUGAGGAAUCACAGCGACAAAGGGAAAUGAUUGAACAUCGAUAUGUUAAAUACAAAGAAAUUGUUGGAGAUUUACAGCAUCAACUGGAGGAGUCUAAAAGAAGAAUACAAGAAUACAGGGAUGAGAAGGUAGAUGCUGCGUCUCGCGGUAUCCGUCUAGCUACUCUUUCUUCUUCUGUUCGAGGUCAGAACAGCUUCCUGUCAAGCUCCCUCCUUACGGACAGCAGCUCACCACACAAGAGAUUGGCAUCUCCAGAUUUUGACAACAGCAAUGAACAAGAUGAUAGCCUCCCAAAGGUGCAAAAUCACAUUUAGAAACAACGGAGAGACACUUCAGUUUGCUUGCCUUUAAAUCAAUUUUGGUAUUUGAAGAGCAAGUGUUUUGUCCCAGAUAAGGAUUUAAAAACAAUGUUUUUGUCUUCCAUCUGGGCUGAGAUGACAUAUUUAAGAAUUUAGUGCUUGUUUUUUCACAACUCAUACAAAAUGUAAUAUCCAUCCCAGUGUUGAAAGUGAUUUAGCAUUUGAGGGUUUCAGCAUGAUUAAGCUGGUCUGAAUUUUGCUUCUUAAAGCAAGAUGUAGUUAAUCUACCUUGCAGGGGAAGAGGGGGAAGUCUAAUGACUGUCUAAUGGGAUGAGUUAUUUGUAGGUUGAAAAGCAAACAGAAAUAGAAUAUGUCAUACAUGUUUUAAUACCUGUAAACAUUUUUCUCUGUGGCUGGCAGGUAUGGGUGAGGUCAGCAUAAAAUGAGAUGAGUGAGGAUGGAAAUGUGUUAGAAAAUCUGCAAAUCAAUCCCCUUAUUUUUUCCCCAUUUCUGCCUUCUACCAUAGGCAUAAACAUCUGUUGGGGUUAGGGGGUUUCUUUCAAAGGGUCAGGCUGAGCUCCACUACUUAGAGCUGACAUAACAUUUUCUAUUGCAUGUGGUCAGUGGAAUUUUUACAAUACAAGCUUUUGAUCUUA